AUGAGUUCUUUUAAAGGAAAUCUCAAGGAGUCCCAAAGAGCAAUGCAGCUGUUAAAACAAAGGGAAAAAGAGCGUCAAGAAAUCGAGUUUCAAAAAAAGAAACUCGAAGCCGAGUUGCGUGUCGGUGAGUUUACUACUAAAUUCACCGUCCACCAUGAUACCAUGGAAAGUCAACUGAAGACAGACACAGUCGGUCUAGUUACAUUGGACGAAAUGAAAGCGCGCCAGCAAGCCGUAAUCACUCAAAGAGAAAAAGAGUUGGCGCUGGGCAAAUCUGCAAAGUCAAAAAGCGGGGAAGGACGGCAAGGGAAACACGGCAUUGUCCGCAAGGGUCCAAUCUCCUUCAACGAAGAUGAAGAUGAGGCUGUUUUAACCGACGAGGAAAGCCAAUCUACCCUUCAAUGCACCGAAAAAUCCAACAAUCAGUCCGAGAAAAACGCCAAUAGCGAAGGCGCCGCAAAAACAACUGAGCAAUUCUGUCAAGAGGCGAUUGAAGCUGGUGUGGAAGACUUUAGGAAAAAACGUAGGAGGCUUGGGAAGAAUCCCGACGUUGAUACUAGUUUUCUACCGGAUAUUGAUCGAGAUGAAGAAGAAAAACAACUGCGAGAGGAACUGCGUCGCGAGUGGCACGCAAAACAAGCUGCUAUCAAAGAAGAAGAAAUAAAUAUAACCUAUAGUUACUGGGAUGGUUCUGGUCAUCGACGUCAAGUUAAAAUGAAAAAGGGGCACUCAAUUCAUCUUUUUCUUCACCGGUGCCUCGAUCAAUUACGCAAGGACUUUUCUGAACUCCGAGCGGCUUCAGCGGAUCAGAUGAUGUAUAUUAAGGAAGACCUCAUUAUUCCUCAUCACUACACUUUCUACGACUUCAUCGUAAGUAAGGCUCGUGGCAAGUCGGGUCCGCUAUUUACCUUCGAUGUCUACGAUGACGUACGUUUGCGGAUGGACGCGAGUAAGGAGAAGGAAGAAUCCCACGCAGGCAAGGUCUGCCUCCGCUCCUGGUACGAGCGACACAAGCAUAUUUUUCCUGCGAGUCGAUGGGAACCUUACGACCCUGCUAAAAACUGGGACCAAUACACGAUAUCUGACAAGAUGUCGGUGAAAAUAACAAUCAAAUAA